UAAAAACUUCUCCUGAGUCUCUCAGUUCUGGCUUUGUGAUUACAUAGGCGUCUUCUUGAUUUCAGCGAUUCAUGAUUCAUUGAUUUCUUCAUGAUUCAUCACAAUCAUGUGUUUCAGCACUAGCCUUUGCUAUCCUCCAUUUUUCAUGACUUGUUAGGUGAGUUAGGGGUGUGUUCAGCCUGGUUUCUCUUUUAGACGUGUUACCUGUCGUACAAAAGAUUUUUGUCUUUCGGUUAACAAUGCCCUGUACAAUAUCUACUGCAGGAAGAUGGUUGGUAAUUUUUGGUCUGUCCAGUCUCUUGCUGUUGACACAAGGACAAGAUGAUGAUUGGGUUGAUCGAUUUGAUAUGUUAAACUUUGAUGUAACCUCAAAGUCUAUGGAGAAGCCCCCUGAAGUGAGUAUACCUUAGUCACGUCAUUUAAUCUUCAUUUUAUGAACAAAAGAUGUUUGAUCUAUUUAAUUUGGUCUCGUAUAUUUCCACGGUUUUGAAGUUUUGCGCUUGAUCAGCUGGAAGUCAGUGAGUGAGUGUGUGUGUGUGGGGUGUCACAUUUCAUUCUCUCGUUAUGGACGUUAAAGAAAUCGUGCAAUGACACCUCGAGGGCUCCAUAGAUUAGCCAUGACGUCUUACAUUUACAUAACAUGCAUGUUUUGGAUGUUUUCUUGCUUGUGUGUCUGACAGGGACGGGGAAAGGGAAUGAGAAUUGCAAAGGAUAUGGAUAAAUGAUCUACAGUAUGAAUCACCUGCAGAGCAUUAAUCAGAAACUACUUCAAAAGUUUGAAAAAUUUGUCAAUUUGUGUUAUUUGAUUAUCUGAAUUUAUGCCAUGUUCACAAAAAGUCAUCCUUCCAUAUGCUGAUAUUAGUGGAACGGUCCCAGUCAGCACAGAAAGUCUGUAGACGUCUAGAAGACGCGUUCGAAAGGUCUGCUGGACAGCUGGCAGAUGUAUUCUAGAGAUCUUUUGCUCAUCUGGGGGACAGCAACAGCAACUUGGGAUUCGAAUGAAAUGCCUUGUUUUCUUUCUGUUACAGGAGCUCAAACAGAAAAUAACCUCUUCAAUUCAGCCUGCAACUUGUAAUCCCAUCUUUAAGCGAUUCAUCUCCAAACUGUUGUUGGAAAUCUCGAGACUUGGCUUGGUUCCAAAUGGCAUGUAUGAUGCCAAGGUACAUUUAUAUAAAACUAUGGCUGAGCUCCAGAAGUUGGUGGUUGGGGAGACCUGGACAACGGGUUCUCUAGAUGAUGCUCUCAGUAAGAUACUGGUGGACUUCAAACCACAUGACUAUGAGGCCUGGAAAUGGCGCUUUGAGGACACAUUUGGAGUUGAGCUGGACACAGUUGUGAAGAAUGGUUUUUGUCGCACCUGGACUCUUCAAGAUGAUCCUUGCAAGAAAUACUAUGAAGUACUCAUGGUUACUCCCAUAUUACUGGUGUCUCCAAUUAAGGCCAUCUCCGUUACCAUUACAACCUUCAUCACAGAACCCCUGAAGCACUUGGGCCAGGGGAUCAGUGAGUUCCUCAGGGCCCUUCUGAAGGAUCUGCCAGUUACUUUUCAAAUACUUGUCUUCUUCGCUGUCUUCAUCCCUGUUGUGCUAUCCACUGUGGUAAUGAUUUUGUACUGCAUUUAUGGCAGUGCCCAGACUGCCAUCCAGCAUGUCCUUACCGGCCCGCUGCGAAGAGGUCGCAGAGAUCCCCCGCCACCACCCAACAGACUCCAGGACCGUGGCCAACACCCCCAGCUAGAACAGGGAGACUCCAACGAAGAGGAUGAGGACGACCAGCACCACCUGGGGGCCGGGGAUGCACCGCUCCCCAUACGGGGUCUGGAUCAGAGGGGUCGGGCGAGGGGAGGAGGCGCAAGAGGAGAAGGAUGGAGACAAGAGGUCCGCCGGAGACCCGUCCGGCCCAAGGAGAACCAGCGGCGGGUUUUUGUGGAGACCCUGCGGAAUGCAGAUCACCAUUUCAGCGGAGACGAGACUGACCAAUCCAGGCUACCUGAGGAAGAGAUAGAGAGAGAGGGGGAGGAGAGGGAGGAUGUUGAUGUUGCUGAGGGGGACCAGGCAGCUGCUGUUGCAGUAAAGGAAGUUCUUAAAGAUGUGAAGAGAAAAGAGAAAGAGCAGCCUGUCGAUAAGAAAGUCCACGGCAUCGACUCCCAGCAUGUUGAGCAAGGCUCACAGGGGGAGAGGACUAUGAGACCAUCAGAUCAGCAGAGCACAGCGUCAACACGCAGUGAAGGAGCUGCAGCACCAGAGCAGAUAACAUCAUUACAAAGACUCAACGUAAGUAUCUAG